AUGUACGAGCACUGCAACAAAUACAACAUUCCGUACCGAAAAACUGGAAAACUCGUAGUAGCACACGAGCACCAGCGCGCGUACGUCGAGAGUCUCUUCGAAAAGGCUAGGCAACUACCAUGGCCCAAGUACUCGCCUCAUCGCGCUGACGAUCAAGUCCUUCCCGUCUCGCUUAUAAGUGGUGCGCAAGCACGUGAGCUUGAGCCAGACCUUUCACCGGACAUAGCUGCUGCGUUAUGGAGUCCAGAGACAGGCAUUGUCGACUCCCACUCUUUCAUGGAGAGUCUGGAGAAGGACAUAUCAGAAUCAGAAGGAGGCGAGGUCGUAUUUUCCACUCGAGUCGUCCGUGUGGACCCGUAUAAGAGCGGGUCCUCCGGGCUGAGCUCAGGAGACGGCUGGGUUGUUCAGACUGUCACUGAGAAUGCUGAGCAAGGGGAUGCCCUGCUCGCACGCACCUUAAUCAACGCGUCUGGCCUCUCCGCUACUCUCAUUCCCAAUUCUCUGCUACCCGAGGCAUCACGCAUACCCAUGUUCUUCGCUCGGGGCUCAUACGCAGCUUACAGCGGACCAGGGAUAUCUCGAAUUAGUCGACUCUUAUACCCAUGCCCUGAAACUGGGCCGAACAAGCACGCCUUCCAGUCGCUCGGAACGCAUUUGACCCUUGACUUGCAAGGCAAAGUGCGAUUUGGGCCAGACUUGGAGUGGAUAUCACCGCCCUCUGACGCAUCAGAAUACGAUUCUGACGAGGAGAAUGUCGAUUUUUGGCGGAAUGCAUCUCGUACCCAGCGAUUCCAGGCUGGAAGAAAUGUACAGAGCAGUCACUGA